UGCAAAUCUAAGAGUAGGACUGGUUUGGGAUUUGGGGCAAUAUUUGCGGAUGCCGAUGCCGAUGCCGAGGCAGUCCAAAAACCACAAGAACCAGGCCAUGCCAAGGCUAUGCCUUGCACUUCUACUUCUUCCACUCCUCUUGUUUCCGUAUGAUGUUUGUGCAGCAAACAGUGAAGCUGCUGCAUUACUAAUCUGGCUUCAUAGCUCCCCUUCACCUCCUCCAGCACUCUCCAACUGUGACUCUUCGGACCCCAACCCUUGUCGCUGGUCAUACAUCAUUUGUUCUUCUCAAAACUCUGUCGUUGAAAUCAAUAUCCAGUUUGUUGAGUUAGCUCUUCCUUUCCCUUCCAAUCUUUCCUCCCUUCCUUUUCUUCAAAAGCUGGUCAUUUCUGGUGCUAAUCUCACCGGAACUAUUCCACUGAAUAUCGGAGACUGCUCUCGACUGACCGUUAUCGAUGUUAGUGCAAACAAUCUCGUUGGUAACAUUCCUGCAAGUAUCGGUAAGCUCCGAUAUUUGCAGGACUUGAUUUUAUACUCCAACCAGCUCACAGGGGAGAUCCCCGCAGCACUCGGAGAAUGCAUCAGCCUUAAGAAACUCCUCAUAUUCAACAACUAUUUAAGCGGGAAUCUUCCUGUUGAACUCGGUAAACUGUCGAACAUCGAAGUUAUACGUGCAGGGGGGAACCAGGACAUUGCUGGAAGAAUCCCGGAAGAGAUUGGAGACUGCAAGAACCUAAAGGUGUUAGGCCUAGCUGAAACCAAAAUCUCUGGUUCAAUCCCUGUUUCAUUAGGUAAGCUAACCAAACUCCAAACUCUCUCGGUAUAUACAACUAUGCUUUCUGGGGAGAUUCCUGAUGAAAUAGGGAACUGCAAAAGUUUGAUAACCAUUGAUCUUUCGUUAAAUUAUUUUUCCGGUUGCAUACCAGAGUCAUUCGGGAACCUCUCUAAGCUUCAAGAGCUCAUGCUUAGUAACAACAACAUCACUGGCACUAUACCGCCAGUUCUGUCUAAUGCCACAGGCCUAUUACAGUUACAGCUUGAUACUAAUCAGAUAUCAGGCUCCAUCCCGGCUGAGCUCGGGACGUUAACAAAGCUCACGGUCUUCUUUGCGUGGCAGAACAAACUUGAAGGAAGCAUUCCUGCAGCAUUGGCCGGUUGUGGGAGCCUUACUGCUCUAGAUUUGUCACACAAUGCACUCACUGGUAGCUUGCCGCCAGGUUUAUUUCAGCUGCAAAAUCUAACAAAGCUUCUCUUGAUUUCCAAUGGCAUUUCGGGCACGAUCCCUCCGGAGAUUGGCAAUUGCAGUUCCCUUAUUCGAGUUCGGCUUGUUAAUAACAGAAUCAGUGGGAUGAUCCCCAAAGAGGUUGGGUUCCUUGACAACCUCAUCUUCCUUGACCUGUCUGGCAACCAUCUUAGUGGCUCAGUGCCAAAUGAGAUAGGUAACUGCAGUCAGAUGCAGAUGUUGAACCUUAGCAACAACACCGUUGAAGGUCCUUUGCCUGGCUCGUUAUCGUCUCUUACGAGACUUCAGGUAUUGGAUGUGUCUGUUAAUCAGUUUACAAGACAAAUUCCACAGAGCUUAGGCCAACUUACUUCACUUAAUAGACUUAUACUUAGCACAAACUUUCUCUCUGGAGCAAUCCCUUCCUCUCUUGGUCAUUGUUUGAAUCUUCAAUUGCUUGACCUUAGCAGCAAUGCAAUAUCCGGAACGAUCGCAGAGGAACUGUUCAACAUCCAAGCUCUUGAUAUUGCUCUAAAUCUGAGUUGGAAUGCACUAUCUGGUGUAAUCCCACCUCAAAUUUCUGCACUGAACAAGCUAUCCAUAUUGGACCUUUCACACAACAAGCUUGAAGGUGACUUGCUAGCACUUUCCGAGCUCGAAAACCUUGUUUCUCUGAAUAUCUCCUACAACAAUUUCACCGGCUACCUUCCUGACAGCAAGUUGUUCUGACAGUUAUCAGCAACGGAAAUGGCUGGAAACCAAGGGCUGUGUUCUAAGGGACGCGAUUCAUGUUUCCUCAGCAGUGCCACAGCAACUGGUAUGCAAAGUGAUAAUGGUUUCAAAAGAUCACUAAAAAUAACUAUUGCAGUACUUAUUACCUUGGCCAUUGCAUUAGCAUUUUUUGGGGCUUUAGCUGUCUUUAGAGCUAGAAAGAUGAUGGGAGAUGAUAAUGAUUCUGAGGUGGGAGCGGAUUCAUGGCCAUGGCAAUUCACUCCAUUCCAGAAGUUGAAUUUCUCAGUUGAUCAAGUAUUAAAAUGUUUGGUAGAAGGCAAUGUUAUUGGAAAGGGAUGUUCGGGGAUCGUUUAUCGAGUAGAACUCGAUAAUGGGGAAACCAUCGCUGUAAAGAAGCUCUGGCCAACAACAAUGGCAGCUGGAUAUGAUUGUCAUAGUGACAAAGCCGGUGUAGGCGGAGUUCGUGAUUCCUUUUCGGCCGAGGUAAAAACUCUCGGUUCGAUCCGCCACAAAAACAUAGUCAAGUUCUUAGGUUGCUGCUGGAACCGAAGCACGAGAUUGCUUCUGUAUGAUUACAUGGAGAAUGGAAGCUUGGGAAGUCUUCUUCAUGAGCACAGUGGAAGCUGCUUGGAAUGGGACCUUAGAUAUCGAAUCAUCUUGGGGGCGGCGCAAGGUUUGGCUUACCUACACCAUGACUGUGUCCCUCCCAUUGUUCACAGAGAUAUCAAGGCCAACAACAUUCUCAUUGGUCUCCAAUUUGAAUCCUACAUUGCUGAUUUUGGACUUGCGAAGCUCGUUGAUAACGGAGAUUUCGUUCGGUCUUCUAGCACAGUCGCAGGCUCCUACGGUUACAUUGCCCCUGAGUAUGGCUACAUGAAGAAAAUAACCGAGAAAAGUGACGUGUAUAGCUAUGGAGUUGUUGUGUUAGAAGUCUUGACAGGCAAGCAACCGAUUGAUCCGACCAUACCAUAUGGACUCCACAUUGUAGAUUGGGUCAGGCAGAAAAGAGGAGGGAUCGAAGUGCUCGACCCGAGGUUGCAACCGAGGCAGGAAUCCGAGAUCGAUGAAAUGUUGCAGACUAUAGGGGUCGCAUUGCUAUGUGUAAACCCUUCCCCUGAUGACAGGCCUACCAUGAAAGAUGUAGCAGCGAUGCUGAAGGAAAUAAAGCAGGAGAGGGAAGAGUGUACGAAAGUAGACAUGGUUCGUAAUGGCUCGUCGGAUUCGGAGAGUAAUCAGCGAGGAAACAGCAAGUCACCACCAUCAAUGAUCCAAAACUCAUAUCCCCAAAGCAGCAGCACAAGCUUUUCUGCAUCUUCAUUGCUAUACUCAUCCACUUCCAAUGCAAAGCUAGCUUUCAAGUAGUUUAAUAAGAACAAGUUGAGAUUUACAUGGGUAGUUAAGCUAUAUAGAUAAUAGAGAG